GAUUCCGGUCAUCCGUCGAACGGUGUACGGUCGUCUCCGCCAUCUUCCGUUGCAUCUUCUUUUGUGCAAACAUUUAAUUAUUAUUAUUUAUUUUUUUUUAAGUGUUUUUAGUUUGGUUUUGUUUUGUGUUUUUUUCAUUUCCCAAAAGGAAAACAUUUUCAAGCUGCCAGUUUCGUUGUUUGAUGUGCGUUUUCUUUAGUUUUCUUGCCACAGCAACAGAAACAUUUGUCACCUUUGCCAAAUAAUAUACAGUUUUGUUCAGCAACAAGUUCGUCUAUGCAAAGCCACACUGUUUCCUAAAAUUCCUGUAGUUUUAUUUUGAAUUUUCAUUUAUUUUUUUUUUAGUUUCUUUUAGUUUUUAUUUUGUUUAAAAAAAAGAGCGUGGCGGUGGCGUUGGCCGAGCAGACCGGCAGGUUUGAUUAUUUUUUUUUCCCUCUCUUUCGGAAAAAAGCUUCACUCGCCAUCGAGACGCGCACGCUCACGCACGCUGCUGUCCUUCUUUCUCCUCUUCUCUUUUUCUCUCUUUUUCUCUUUUCUUUUUCACCCCCCCUUUUUUUUUUUCCCUACCCCUUUGUGUGUGUGUGUGUGUUGUGUGUGUGUGAGCGAUUUCGUGAAGUCAAUCGUUUUGGUGUUGUUGCUGCUGCUGUGUGUGUGUGUGUGUGCAUGUCGACAUUCGGCCGUGUAUAUAUGAUAUACGUGCAUUUGACAUCGCCGGAUUGGCAUCAGGCAGCUGAUGUAUACAAUGGUGGAUAUAUCUACGAAAUGAAGUAAAAAAAGAAAAAGAAAGAAAAAGGUGUUUAAAGUGCCAUCAUCAUCACGAAAAGUGUUUUUUUGUUGUUGUUGGGAUUUGUCGGUUUCGUUGGCCGAAAUCGUCCAGUUCUGUGUGGUGAGAGAAGAAGAAGAAGAAAUUAGGACAAAAGAGAGCUUCAUUUCCAUAUAGACCCCAGGUGAUGGGGGUCAGGUGAUAUAAAGUGACACAAAGUGGCCGCCAGCCCUCGUUAAACUACCCGCCAUAAUAGACGCAUAAGAGAAAAAGAGAAAGAGAAAAAAAAAGGAAUAAAAAAAUCAAACAAAUGUCUACCAGCUGCACUUCAGCGGCUUUGGCAGCCGCGACGUCGGGGUCCAACAGUCUGGCACGCAACACCACCGGCGGUGCUUGCGCGGCCACUCUCUACGCCUCCAUAGAUCUUCAUUCAGACGAUGCCGAUUUGGGAAGUGGGGAGGAGGCCAAUGUGGACAAAGAUAAAAGGACGGCCGUGUUACAGCAUCGGAUCAGCGAACUGCCCAGCAGCAGCAUCUCAAUGCCGGUGUCGAUGAUGUCAGCCUCGACCCGACGCAACAAACGCAAGAACUUCCAGCCGCGUAACAUACGACCCAGCGAAUCGGCCGACGGCGACGAUGGCCAAGAUGACAAUAACGAAACGCAAUCGACAGCCAAUCACACGGAGGAUGGAUGCGACGCUAACGGCCAUGGCCACCCGCCGACGCCUUCCAUCCUUGGUGAAUGCGACCUGACGACAACGAUCCCUCCUCGGCGUGCUGGCCUGAAAAGCCAACGGCCAGACCGGAAGAAUGAGCGCAGACCAAGCAAGGCCAGCCCGUCUUCCUCUCGGUCCGUUCGGAAGGAAAGAGCAUCGUCCGCUGGAGGAGGCGAUGCGUCUCGUUCGACAGGUCAACACGCCGAUCAGUUGACAGACGGAUACCAUCGAGACGUGGCUGCCACGAACAGCAGCAGCAGUCGCAGUGAUUUGAAUAGCAGCAGCAGUAGCAGCAGCAGCACUAGCCGGAGUAGCAGCCGCAGCGGUAGCCGGUGCGGCAAGAGUGCGGCCGUAGAUCUGAGGCUGCGUCCGGCCUCCAACACGGAAGAGGACGACCAAGAGGAGGAAGGAAAUGGGCAGAUAUCCGGCCUUCAAAUGAAGACGUGGAUGCUCUUUUGGCAGCAGCAACAGUCUUGCAGUGAUGGCGGUUUGCUGGCCAAACCGCCUUUCCUUCCACCGUCCGACUCGCACGACCGUCUUCGCCGGGCGGAAGGGAACGCCUCGCAAGCCCAGGAGGCAAACGCCAGUACGGGACGUGCGCCAGUCAACGACUACGCGCAAACAGCGAUGCGCGAAUUGCUCGGAAUUUAUCGACUCCAACGCGAUGCCGACGCAGGGCAGCAAAGUUCAAACGUUGGCGCCGUUUCGCCCAUAGGCCGAUCCGGGGCAGAGGGCCAAACGCGACCAGUUGAUUCGAGUGUCGGUAUCGGCUCAUUGAGGACCUCGUCGACGUCUUCUGUUCAACAACCACCCACUCCACCCCACACACCUAAAACUGCGAGCACGACGAACGGCCCAACAGCCCUGCCACUUGGGAGGACGAAUGUUUUAAACGAGCCUUCUCUAAGGGCUUUGCAAACACACAUCCAGUCCAUCCUGAGUCACGUGGCCACGACGUCCAGGCAGCCAUCGCCGUGCAAACAGCUGACGAGCUGCGAUGAUUCUGCGACUGGUGCCGACUUGCGACACAUGUCCGCGAAUCAUCAGGAUGGAACGACGUACCCGUUCAAAGCGGCCAGUUUCGCCAACAUUGAUCUUCACGUUGACGUCGACGAUGACGUCACAGCAGCGACCAAAGGCUUUUACGACCAGCAGGAGCUUCAGCAACUAGCUGCAACUAAUUUAGCAGAUGGACGACGUAAUGCGGCCAGCGGAUCAAGUGGAAACGGGUCGGGCGGCGGGACCGGCAGCAGCGGGAGCGGCAAGAGCAGCGCCCCCAUCGACUACAGCCGCUACGUCAAGCGUUUCGCCAGUGCGUCAGAAUGCGGCAGCCCUUUUUGCAAAAAUCUCAACUACAGGGAGCACUUCCAUUGCCUCGAUUGCCACCCGCGGGUUUUCGUCAAGAAGGAAGAGAUGAUCCGUCACUUCAAGUGGCACAAGAAGCGCGACGAGUCGCUGCAGCACGGCUUCAUGCGCUACUCGCCGGGUGACGACUGCAACGACCGCUAUCGCGGCUGUCCGCACAAUCGCAAACAGACCCACUAUCACUGUGUCAAGGAUACGUGCGAUAAGGUGUACAUAAGCACGUCCGAUGUUCAGAUGCAUGCCAAUUACCAUCGCAAGGACUCGGCCAUCAUUCAGGAAGGCUUCCAACGCUUCCGCGCUACCGAGGACUGCGCCACCGCUCAUUGCGCUUUCAACGGCCAGCGGACCACUCAUUUCCAUUGCCGACGGCCGCCAUGCAACUACACGUUUAAAAACAAAGCCGACAUGGAAAAACACAAGAGUUAUCACAUCAAGGACGAACAGCUGGCCCGCGAUGGAUUCAAAAAAUUCAUGAAAAACGAGGCCUGUCAAUUCGACAAUUGCCGCUUCUCGCGGGUCUGCAAUCACAUCCACUGCAUCCGCGAAGGCUGCACCUACGUGCUGCACUCUAGCGGCCAACUUUAUUCGCACAAACGCAAACACGAACGACGAGACGCCGAACUCGCUUACCAAGAUGGCGCUGCCGGCGGCAACAUGGCGGCCAUUGCUAACACGGAUUCGACGGGAAGCAACAGCAAUCCGUUGACGGCUUUCCCAUCGACGAGCGCUUCUCCCGCUCUGCCUGGACUACCUCCUGGAACUGCUGGAACAGACGAAGCCCAUCGAGGUCCGAUGGGUUUGUCGACAUCGGAUCUGUCCCGGUUGAUCAGCGACCCGUCAGUGGCCGCAUUCCUUUACGGCCGCAUGCCUUCGUUGCUCAAUCAGUUGGAGAUGGCCCAUCUGCAACAUCGGCAGCGGGCCGACCAAGAACAACGAAUGCUGGCCGCCGCCGCAGAGGCCAAACUCCAUCAGCUAAGGAAUUCGAUGUCGACGGCGGCCGGUCCUGGCCGCAGUCCUUCGCCUGUCAUGACCGAAGACGACGCUUUUCGAUUGUGCCUGGCCAAAAUCGAAACGGGCAAGCCGUGCCAGCCGGACUGCCCAGUCUACCCCAACGAACAUUACCACUGCCGUUCCGAUGGAUGUUCCCUUUCCUUCAAGUCUACAGAGGCAGCUAAGGAACACUGGCGGAAUCACGAACAACAGGAGCAAAUCACCGACAAUUAUUACAUCAGCGUCGAGGAGAACGAGCAGCCCAAUCCGUGCCCAUCCAGCUGUCCUUAUCAAACGAGGAAGCGGCACUACCAUUGCUGUUGGGAUGGCUGCGCAGAGAUCAUUCUGUCCACGGAGAACGCGUUCCGACGGCUCGAUCAUUACAAGAUGCACGAAUAUUCGAGGCGCGGUCAUCCAACUCCGUCGGUCCCGCCACCUGUGGUAGCCUCGAGCGGACUGGUUCAUCCGUCCGGUUCCAGCGGCAGCAAAGAGAUCACCUUCACGACAGGCAGCUCGACGUCGACCAGCUUCUCGUUGGACAGCAUGUUCCGCCGGAAGCGCGGCCGGCCUCCGAAGAACCGAGUCAUCGAAGUUUGGAACGAAUCCUCAUCGAUGAAUUCCGGAUCGGGUGCGUCGGAUACACCGCAAGCCGUGUUCACUAGUUUCAAGUUGCCGAAACCAUCGACACCGCCGCUAGCGCCUUACUCAUCCGUCGGCAGCAGUUCCGGCCUUUUCGCACCGCCGCCUUACGGAACAUCGGCAGGCCCGUCUCAUUCGGCGUCGUCCAGCCGAUCCAACAGCAGCGACUGGAAGAGCCAGAGGACAUUGUCGCCUAGUCCGGAACGCUCUGAAGCCAGGCACAGCAUGAGGAAAGGUCAAUCCGCUGCGGAUAAGUGCGCCCAUCAGCUGCUGAAGCGGAACAGUUCGCCCGCCGGCUCGUCUCCGGCGUUGCAGCUUCCGUCACCGGCUGCACUCCGCUCGCCAGACUCGCCGAUCAAAUCCAUCACAGUGGUCAAAGCGGCCGGGACUUUUUAUCCGUCGUGUGCGUUUCCCUCCAAGAACGAAGAACUCGUCGGUCCUCGUUUGAUGAAUCCAUCACCGGCGCCACGCCCUCUUUCACCGGCUGUCGUUCGUUCAACUGGCGCCUCGUCGUCGUCGGGUCAUCGGGAAGUCUCUUCGUCGUCGUCGCCCACGCCAAUGACGACGCAGAGUUCGUCUCUGUCGACGCGCAGUUGCUCGUUGUCGCCUUCGUCGUCGUCGUCGUCUGUUUCGCCUUCGCCGUCGGCCAAUCACAGCGCGGCUGCCACGACUUCCCCGCCAACGCCGGCCAUUGUUACGGAAAGGCCUCAGGCGUACGGACCAGACCACUCGUGCGGGCGGCCAUUUUGCAAACUGAAACGCAGGGAACAUUACCACUGCGUCGUCUGCAAUCAGGCUUUCUCUGAAAUCGAUAAAUUAAAGCCGCACGUUCUUAAACAUUGCACGGGAGCAUUGAGUCCCACGUUAAACCAAUGGAGCGGCAACGGUGGACCAGGUUCGAUAGGCCAAUUGCCGACCGAUGUCGCAUCGGUAGCCGCUGGCGCUUCUGACCGAGGCAAUCCAACGGCCAAUUGCAUAGAAAUGGACGCCAAGAAGGAAGAGCUCUCGCGGAUGGCGUUGUUUCAUAACUCCACCGGAUUAGGGACGUCGUCGCUUCCGCAAUCGGAGGCAGAAUUGCGCGACUUGGCCUCGAGAUCUUCGGCAGCCCUGCACGCUCUCAGCUUCAUGUCGCCAAUGGGUGGGCCCUUUGGUCUCGGCUCUGCCAAUCAGCUGACUGGCAACUCGUCCUCCUUCCACUCGCCCAGCAUCCACCAGGCCAUUUACGCUGGAUCAGGUUUAAUGUUGAAUAACUCGAUGGGUACGGGCGCUGCUUUCAACCGACCCAUGAGCCCAGGUAAAACGGCGUCGCAGGGACACAAGAGGCCGUCUUCAUCACCUAUCGAUCAUUUAGUGUUGAGCCCCGAGGCCAAGAAGAUGCGUUUCCCAAGCAACAUGCGACUCCUUAAGGACGAACCCGUUCCAGACGGCUACGUUCGUUUCAGGUUCAACGAAGAUUGCCAAUAUUCGCAAUGCGGUUACAGAGAACACCAGACCCAUUUUCAUUGCAUGCGGCCUGAUUGCGGUUACAGUUUUUGCGACAAGACUCGUUUCGUGCAGCACACUGCCCGUCACGAGCGAUUGGACACGUUAAUGGGGGGCGAUUUUCAACAGUACCGCGCCAACGUUGCGUGCGGACGUGCCAGUUGCCUCUACACCGCCAGCCUCGGCGCAGUACAGAACAAAGCCUCGCAUUUUCAUUGCCUCAAAUGCGACUUUGUUUGCACGGACACGAACAAGGUGGUGGCCCACCGUCGCCAACACCAGAAGACCGACUCGAUCCUCGCCGCCGGGUUCGAGAAAUUUACGCCGUCGCAGAACUGUCGCGUCGAUACGUGCCCGCACUCCAACAAGCAAACGCACUACCACUGCCUCAAGUGCUGCUUCGCUGUUCUCGGCCUGGCCCAAAUGUCUGCGCACAAGUACCGCCAUCUCGAGUCAGCAUCCUCGUGAGCGAGCAGGACCAUCUUGAAGGUCAUUCACCGAAUCGUGUCAUUUUCUUAUCGAUAAGAAAUAGUGGGGAAGAAUUGAGUUAUGGUGAUAGCAAACGACUGCCCCACAGCCAAACAUCAUCCUACAGCAGUAUAUACCUAAUAAGAUUUCGAAUUCUAUCGUUGAGGUAGACCGUAGCAUAUUUUUUCCAAUUAGAAAUUAGGUUUCUAAAAAACAAAAACAAAAAAACAAAACAAAAAAACAUGUCACGACAAGCAUUUCCAUGCGAUUCAAAGUUUUACGUAAUUUCUAGUUUAUACUUCCUCGUAAGCGAAGGCCCGCUUGCCCAUGCCAAUUGUAUCCAAUUCGACCUCAUUCGCCGGAUCGCUCCGAAUUCGCUUUCCACUAUUAGAGUCCACUUUUUUUUUUGUUUGAUUCGAGUUAUAUCUACGCCUAGUUCUCUUUAGUUUUUCAGAAAGAAAACAAUAAUAAGAUUAAAAAUAAACAAAAUAUGAAAUAAGACCAGCAGAAAUUCGAGGUAAAACCAAUUCAUGUUAGCUAAAAAUUGGUUGGAACUAUGUAGACAAGAACGGAAUUAACAUUCACGGCUAUAUACAGAUGGAAAUUUGUUUUUUUCUUCUUUUUUUUUUUCAUUUUUGUAAUCAUGGGGGGGGGGUGAAUCAUUGCGAUUGAAUGGGAAUGUGAUUCCUCUAACGUGGUUAGCACCUUUUUAUAAGCCUUCACACGCUUCUCAGUGAGAAAGAAAAAACAAAAAAUUAUAGCCGGCCAGAUAAAGUAAAUGAAUAAACAAAUCAUUUUUUUUUUUUCGUCAGGUAUGCGGUAAAACCGUUUGAUGUUUUUUACCAGUUGAGUAUAGCUGGUAAUUCGAAAAUUGUACGUAUAGGUCGAAAAAUAUAGUCUUUCAUGGAAAUGGCAUUUUUUUUUUGUUUCUUUCUUUCUGAAAAACAAAAAGAAAACUUUUGGAUGCGACAUUGCCGCGAGAAAACAUUGUCCUUAUUGUCCCCCCACCCUCUCUUGUUUACGUAAGUGUGUAUUUAUUGAUAUCUUUUUUCGUUAGUUUUUGUUUACCGAGAAAGUGACUUGGUCGUUUAUACUCAAGUGCCAUAAUGACGAGGACGAGUUAAGAGACUGAAAACAAACAAUUGCCCCCCCCCCCGCACUUAGUUCAAUCAAUUUGAAAUGGAACAGUGCCAGUGUCUUCGCAGCAACAGCACGCACCGUGUUUCGCCGUGAUCAAAGCGGUGCCUAUUACUCCCCUUCCUCUAUUUUUGAAGUUUUCCUCACCCUUGUCAACAAAUUGUGCCCAUUAUAUAGUUGAUAGCUUUAUUACUUGUGGAUAUCGUUGUGAUCUUUUUAUUUAAAAAAACAAAAAACAAAACAAACCGAGAAACAGGUUGAUCUGUGCCAUCUUGAUACGUAGACCAGGCUCACUCUUCAAUUGUAUUGUCAAACCAACGUAAAACAUAUGCCCGGUGUCUUAUAUAUAGCUGGAAUAUCCAUUGUUUCGUCUAGUUUUCGUAAGUUCAAACGUAAAGUCUCGAAAGUUUUCAGUCUCUCGGAUAUCUUUCAUUUUGCUCUUUUUAAUUAUUAUUAUUAUUAUUAUUUUUUUUUUUUCAAAUGUUUUGUUAUCGCCGAAAAUGGCCGCCACGCGUGCCUCUGGUAUCGUAGUUGUCUGUGUGUAAUUCAAGUGCUUUAAAAAUCACUUGCCCGUGCCUGAUAUAGUAUUGUGCAGCAUCUUAGCGGUCAGAAAACGAGCCAAAACCAGUUUUGAAUUUUUGCCACUUCGGGAUGGGCUAAAAGAUCCCAAACAUCAGGAAAAAAAAAAAAAAGAAAUUGUCGAGCAUUUUUGUUUGUUUGUUUGUUUUGUUCGAGAGCCUUGUUAAGAGUUUCCUGGGACCAAACAAAUCGGCUGCAACGUCGUAUCGUUUACUCCCGACCGUGCGUGACAGGCGCUAUGCUUUCCGUCUGAAAAAAAAAAAAAAAAAAAAAUUCAAAGUGGUCUAAGAGCACGUGCCUUAAUAAGGAAAUGAUUGCCAACAUGCCCAGGUUGGAAAGUGAAACUGGUUUCUAACUGUCACUUCCCACCUUUGACUGUUUACUCCUGCCCGACAUUUGUGCUCCUUUGCUAUAUUUCUAUAGGCGAGAAUUGCCAUCGCUUUUGUCGCUGGGAUGUGUCACUACGUAAAGAAUGCCUGUCUAACUUGGAUGUCAUAAAAAUGUGAAAUGCAUACGUAUGCCUCUUUCCUUCUGUGAAAUACACGCUUGAGGAAGUUGUCUCAGUAAUUAAAAA